GGCGGCUGCCUCUGCGGUAGCAUUCGCUACAAGUAUAGCGCAGAGCCGACAGCAAAAGUCCUCUGUCACUGCAGCGAUUGCCGCAAAAUCAGUGGCAGCAACUAUAGCGUCAACUUUCUCAUCCCUGAGGCGGCAUUCCAAGUCACGAGCGGUACACCAAAAGUCUUUGGUAAAGUUGCUGAUUCUGGCGACACCAUCAAUAGCUACUUUUGUGGUGAUUGCGGCAGUAUGAUGUGGCGCGAAUCUGCCAAUUGCGGGCCUAACAAGGUUGUCAAGGCUGGAACAUUGGAUGGCGGCGGUGAGAUUAUAUCAGCUGCGGUGUUUGAUGCAGAGGUGUUUACGCGCUCAAGGGUGGAUUGGGUGCAGCCUUUGAUUGGCGUGAGUCAGAGAGUU